AACAUUGGUCGUUUCCUCGAAACCUCGUGUAACUUCUCCAUUGACCAUAUCCAGAAACUCGGUUUUGAUUGAUUAUAUAUAUAAGUUGUAUACAUUUCAAUCUCCUAUUUAAGUUUCAAUUUCAAUUUCAAUUUCAAUUCAAGCAAGCAACAUGGGUGGUGAAACAUCAUUAGAGCUCACAAUCAUCUCAGCAAAAGAUCUCUAUAAUGUCAAUAUUUUCGCCAAAAUGAACGUUUACGCAGUCGUUUCCAUCACCGGAAAUCAAGAUCAGAAGCAGAAAACUCAUGUCGACGAAGACGGAGAUUCCAAUCCUACGUGGAAUCAUCGGAUGAAGUUUACGAUUGAUGAAUCUGCUGCGUUACAAAACCGAUUGACUCUUGUUGUUAAUAUUAAAGCGGUAGGGAUGUUUGGUGAUAAAGAUGUUGGAGAAGUUCAUGUUCCGGUUAAGGAGCUUCUAGACGGUGAUUACACCGGAAGAAGACCGUUACAGUUUGUUUGUUAUCAGGUGCUGAAACCGUCGGGUCACCCGAAAGGCGAACUGAGUUUUUCGUAUAAGUUUGGGGGGAAAUCCGAAGGAAAACCUAAUAAGGCGGAUAAGUUAGAUGAGCCUGCAAUGGCUUAUCCAGCGGUGGGUUCUGGAUUUGGCUCAGAAUACCCACCGCUGUAUGCGGGGACGGUUGGUGCUGCUCUGGGAUCUUAUCUCCCAACAUCAACCGUCGAUCCUGGAUCAUAUCCUUAUCCACCGGACGAAGGUGUAUCUCCUUUCGGAAAACCUAAUAAGGUGGAUAAGUUAGACGAGCCAAAUAUGGUUUAUCCAGCUGUGGGUUCUGAAUUUAGUUCAGUAUACCCACCACUUUAUGCGACACCGGUUAGUGCUGCUCUGGAAUCUUAUCCACCAGCACCAACUAUGGCCGCACAUGAUACUUAUCCACCGACAGGAGGUGCGUAUUAUCCACCUCCAGCUGGGUACCCUCAGGCACAAGCGGGAUACGCGUACCAGUGGCAGCCAACUUACGAUGUUUAUCCUCCACAGCCUGCACCAGGGUACGGUGGGUAUACACAGUGGCGGAACUAGCCCAUUAACUCAGGGGUAUCUCAAUUUUUUUUUACUGUGCAAUCACACAAUAUAAAAAAACGACAAUAAAUAAAUAAAGUAAAACAAAUAGCUAACUAAUUGGGCCAUAAUUUCAAUCAUUAUUAUUAAUAAUUUGGGCAAUUGGGCCACUGUUUCAAUCGGGCUCCUACAAGUUUGGGUUGGUUACGGGCAUCCUUGUAUUAUUUUAGGGGUAUCCUUAGUAUAAAACUGAAAAAAAAAAAUACACUACGGAUACGCACUUGAGCCGUAGCCCGUGCUACGGUUGCUAAAGAAUUAGGUCCGCCCAUGGGUAUACACCACAGUCGGGGUAUUGGGAGGAGCAUCGGGCGGUAUGUUGAAAGGAGAUGCUGUGUCGGACGCUGCUAAUGGUGGGGGAUGCGGUGUUCCUUGUGGAGGUGGUUAUGGUGGCUUGUAAUUUUUUUUUAACGACCAACGAAUUCUCCAAAUUGGCUACUGGCGAAAUUCACCUAGGGCUGCUGAAGCCCGUGAACACUUGCUUGAAGGCACGACAAUGCAGUGAUGUAAAACCUGCCCAAUUCAAGUAUCGAACUAGCGAUCGCCGCCUACUCGCCUAGUCUCUCAUCAUCACCAGGUGCCGCAGAAAGUAAAUGCUCGGGACAGGAGUUCAACCUAGGUAAUGGUCAGAUUGACGAAAUAGAUUAGGAACAAGAAUUGUGUAUUUUAUUUUUUAGUUAUAUUAUUUUUUUUUAUGUUAUGUUGAGAGAGGCCAAGGUUUGGUACCCAAAAAAAAAAAACAAAUGGCCGUAAACCAUUCUACUGUCGAUAUUGUUUAUUGAUGAUUAUUUUGACCCCCAUUUAAGUAA